CGGCAACUUGGGGCGCACAACUCCGGUCAAGACCCUCCCUCACCACCUCCGUACCCACGCUGAUGCUGGACAUUUCCCUCGGUGGUUCCGCCCUUCGAAGCAACUGGCCGAACUGCUGCAGCUUGCGGAGACGAAGGGUGAACAUGAUUCGCUCAAACGUGCGACGCCCAGUCAACACAGACGGAAGCUACGCCCGACGCUGGAAAGGGAGAAGACGAGCUUGGGCCAUGGAUGCGAUCUUCCUCGCGCUUGCUGGCGUUUUGCUGACGGCUUCGCCAACGGCAGACGCGGCAGAGGCGGCCCCUACUUUGGACUUGUCUUCUAGCGUUGGAUAUCAGUGCUGGGAAACCCACGGCGUAUUCGAGCGCGAUUGCUUCCACGACGAGACGCUGACCCUGGACCCGUACCCCCUGACGCCGGAGAUGUUCCCGCGGGCGAUUCGGUAUAGUACGUCCGACCUCUCUUUGCACCGCGCCUUUCGCAGGGCGAGGGGUAGGGGGGUGCUGAAGGUCGUUGUUCUAGGGGGGAGUGUCACAUACGGACACGAUUGCUCAUCACCGACAGGACUCAAGGGGAACGAUUGUGCAUGGCCCCAUCGCGUGGAGCAGUGGUUUCAGGAAGAAUACGAAGACCUAGAUAUCGAGGUACUGAGUACCUACAUGUGAGCGUGGUCGUCAAUUGGGAUUUGCAGGCGCAGACGAACGAAAAAUCUUGCCGAGAUCACAUUCCAGGACACACUCUCAUGAGCGUAUUGUACCAUACUGAUUGACAGGUACAGAUUCAUGGGCUAGGGUAAGGAAUAUUAUUGUCCAUUAUCCCGACGUAGGCUACAGUACUGAUGCUCCCUGCUAAGUUGAAGUCAGUUGACCGUUUUUCGAGCGCAUUCGGAAGUCGAAAGAAUGUUUUUUACGAAUGCGAAUCCAUCCUACCGCCUCCACCCCUCUCUUCACGCAAC